AUGCCUAGGAUUAGGACAAAGAAAACUAAGAGAGCACCCAAGGGAUGGAAACACAUUGAAGACACUUUAAUGGAGAUGACUCAAAAGAUGAGAGAUGUCGAAAAUGAACCUCAUGAAGGUAAAAGAAAGCCAGAGACAGUAUGGCCUAUCUACAGGCUUCAUCAUGAGAGAUCAAGAUAUAUAUUCAACUUGUUUUAUAAGAAAAAGGAAAUCUCAAGAGAGCUUUAUGAGUACUGCCUUCGUGAAAAAUGGGCAGAUGCUAAUCUUAUUGCCAAAUGGAAAAAGCCAGGUUAUCAAAAAUUAUGUUGUCUCGGAUGCAUCCAUAAAGGAGACAAGAACUAUGAUUCUACUUGCAUCUGAAGAGUGCCAAAAGAGAGUCUUGAAGAGGAUAAGAAAAUUGAAUGUGUAACUUGAGGAUGCCAUGGAUGUGCCUCUGGUGAUUAA